GUUAAAAAGUGUAUUUUUUCGUGUGUUUCAGGUAGAGAAAGCACCCCAAUCCGUUUGGGGGUGGCUCGCGGUAGCACCCUUAUCUGUCACGCAAGGAUAAAAGAGAACGUCUCGUUUCCUCCUACCCGCAAUCGUUAUCGUCGCAGUUGUCCUUUCGACGGGCAACGCGCAGCCCUACGGUGUGUUUCCUUUGCUAGUGCCUGUUAUCGUGAGCGUGUUUUUGCAGAAGAAAACAUCCCAAUCCUAGUGAGUCUCCCCUGAGGGGGGAGGAAUCGCCUCGCUAAACAGCCGUUUUCUCGGUUUUCUGCUGCUGGCAAAUACGCUAGCUGGUAGUUUAAUCUGACGAUCGAGAGUACAGGGAAGUGAAAAAACAGACUAUUUCGCGAUGACCCUUUACUGUGCGGCGACAAUGUUCUCGCUAGUAGUGUGUAUGAUUUUGCUAAGUGGCUUCAAUUGCUUAAACGCGGUUGAAGCGGCCUCGAAAGUGGACGACUCGAAAGGACCGGUUUUUCUCAAGGAACCAACCAACAGGAUCGAUUUCUCCAACUCGACCGGUGCCGAAGUGGAAUGCAGUGCUACCGGAAACCCCCCGCCGGAGAUGAUCUGGAUUCGCAGCGACGGUACGGCCGUCGGUGAAGUUCCCGGAUUGCGACAAAUUUUGCCGAAUGGCAAUUUGGUUUUCCCCCCGUUCCGUGCCGAAGAUUACCGACAGGAUGUACAUGCCCAAGUUUAUGCCUGCAUGGCUAAGAAUCAAUUCGGAUCGAUCAUUUCGCGCGAUGUCAAUGUUAGAGCUGUUAUCAAUCAACACUACCAGCCGGAAAUAUUGACGGAAUAUGUGAUUCGUGGAAAUUCCGGUAUUCUCAAGUGUUCGAUUCCUUCCUUUGUUUCGGACUUUGUUCGCGUUGAAUCCUGGAUCGACGAGGAGGGCGUGGAAUUGGCUUUAACCGAAGAUUACGAUGGUAAAUACAUGGUUCUACCGUCCGGCGAGCUGCAUAUCCGUGAAGUCGGACCAGAAGAUGGCUACAAAAGUUAUCAAUGCCGAACCAAGCACCGACUGACCGGAGAAACUCGGCUAUCCGCUACCAAAGGACGUCUAGUGAUUACAGAACCCUUGGCAAGCAUUGCCCCUCGUCUGACGUCCGGCGAUAAAAGCCGGAACCUGGAGGUUAGGAAUCGGGACAACAUUACUCUGCUCUGCCCGGCUCAGUCCUAUCCGAUGCCUGUGUUUAGAUGGUACAAAUACAUUGAAGGAACCACCCGCAAACAAGCGGUGGUACUGAACGAACGCGUCAAACAGGUCUCCGGAACGCUGAUCAUCAAGGAUGCCGUGGUGGACGAUUCGGGCAAAUAUCUAUGCGUGGUCAACAAUUCCGUCGGUGGAGAAAGCGUGGAAACAGUGCUCACCGUAACCGCCCCGUUGGCCGCAAAAAUCGAACCACGCACCCAAACCGUAGACUUUGGCCGACCGGCGGUGUUUACGUGCAAAUUUUCCGGCAAUCCGAUCAAGACUGUUUCGUGGAUGAAGGAUGGCAAAUCGCUCGGUCACAGUGAUGCCGUACUGCGGAUAGAGUCGGUCAAGAAGGAAGACAAGGGAAUGUAUCAGUGCUUUAUCCGAAAUGAUCAGGAAAGUGCGCAGGCCAGCGCGGAACUGAAGCUUGGCGGACGAUUUGAUCCACCGGUGAUUCGAGAAGCUUUUCCAGAAGAAACUCGACACCCCGGACCAUCGGUAUUUCUGAAGUGCGUUGCUGGAGGCAAUCCAACGCCGGAAAUUUCCUGGGAACUGGAUGGAAAGAAAAUUACCAACAGUGAGCGGUAUCAGGUCGGUCAGUACGUGACGGUAAAUGGGGAUGUAGUGUCGCAUUUGAACAUCAGUUCGAUCCACUCGAACGAUGGUGGUUUGUACAAGUGCAGCGCCAGCAGUAAGGUCGGCGUAGCGGAACAUUCGGCAAAGUUGAACGUGUACGGGCUGCCUUACGUGCGAACCAUGGAGAAAAAAUCGAUCGUGGCCGGUGAGACGCUGGUCGUCACAUGUCCGGUCGCUGGAUAUCCCAUUGAUUCGAUUGUAUGGGAGAGAGAUAACCGUCAAUUGCCAAUCAACCGUAAGCAGAAGGUAUUCCCCAAUGGAACACUAAUCAUCGAGAAUGUGGAGAGGAAUUCGGAUCAAGCUACGUACACAUGCGUUGCUAAGAACUCAGAAGGCUACACCGCACGGGGGACACUGGAAGUUGCUGUCAUGGCCCUUCCCAUCAUCAAUCCGUUCCACUUUGAGGAAGAGAUCGACUCGGAGGAAAGUGUUCAGGUGACUUGCCACGUUUCGAAGGGUGACCUACCGGUAGAAAUCACUUGGUUGUUCAACAGCAAACCGCUGAGAAACGAUCGGGGAGUAAUAAUUCAGCACUCCGGGCGUCGGGUUAGUACACUGACGCUGGAAUCUAUUCGAGCAUACAAUGCGGGAAACUAUAGCUGCGUAGCGAAAAAUGUGGCCGGAAGUGUUGAACAGAGUGCCGAACUGAUUGUUAAUGUACCACCAAGGUGGAUCCUCGAACCGACCGAUAAGGCUUUCGCACAAGGUUCCAAUGCUAAAGUUGAAUGCAAAGCCGACGGAUUCCCGAAGCCCCUGGUUAGCUGGAAAAAGGCAAUCGGUGAUACCCCUGGAGAAUACAAAGAUCUUCGCUCGAACGACUCUAGCAUUCGGGUCGAGGAAGGAUCACUGUUCAUUAACAAUAUUCAGAAAUCGAAUGAAGGUUACUAUCUGUGCGAAGCAAUUAACGGUAUUGGCUCGGGUCUGAGUGCUGUUAUCCAGAUUACUGUUCAAGCUCCACCAGAAUUUACCGAGAAGCUGCGCAAUCAAACAGCCCGACGAGGUGAACCAACUGUAUUGCAAUGUGAAGCCAAAGGUGAAAAACCGAUCGGUAUUCUGUGGAACAUGAACAAUAUCCGUCUGGACCCGAAGUCGGACAAUCGCUACACUAUCAGAGAGGAAAUUCGUCCCGAUGGUGUUAUGUCAAGUCUCUCGAUCAAGCGAACGGAACGAAGCGAUUCGGCACUGUUCACUUGCAUGGCUACGAAUGCGUUCGGAAGCGAUGACUCCAGCAUCAAUAUGAUCAUUCAGGAAGCUCCCGAAAUGCCCUAUGCACUGAAAGUUUUGGACAAAUCUGGUCGAACCGUGCAGUUGAGCUGGGCUAAACCGUACAGUGGCAAUUCACCGCUUAAGCGAUACAUUAUCGAGUUCAAGCGCUCUCGAGGAACUUGGGAGAAUGAUGUUGAUCGUGUUAUCGUACCGGGUCACACCAAUGAAGCUCAAGUACAGAAACUAAGUCCCGCUACAACCUAUAACAUUCGAAUUGUUGCCGAAAACGAAAUUGGAGUGUCAGACUCGUCGGAGGUAGUAACAAUCAUUACGGCCGAGGAAGCACCAUCCGGAAAACCGCAGGCAAUCAAAGUCGAACCCAUCAAUCAGACGACGCUGCGAGUUAGCUGGAAGGCACCACCGAGAGCCGAAUGGAAUGGUGACAUCCUAGGAUAUUAUGUUGGAUUUAAACAAACGUCGCAAAAUUCUUCCUACAUCUAUGAGACGGUAAACUAUUCAUUGGAAGGUGGAGAAGGCAAGGAGCACAGCUUGGAAAUCAAUAAUCUGAAAACAUACACCCAGUAUUCGAUCGUGAUUCAAGCUUUUAACAAAGUCGGAGCAGGUCCGAUGAGCGAAGAAGAAAAGCAAUACACUGCUGAGGGAACUCCUGAUCAACCACCAAGUGACACCAUGUGCACCACUCUGACUUCUCAGACGAUCCGCGUAUCCUGGGUCAGUCCCCCACUAGAAUCGGCCAACGGUGUUAUCAAGGGAUACAAAGUUGUCUACGCUCCAAGCGAACUGUGGAAUGACGACAAGAAUAAGGAUUAUAAGAAGACUGCUUCAAGCGAUACUGUCUUGCAUGGUCUGAAGAAGUAUACCAACUACACGAUGCAGGUUCUAGCUACUACCUCAGGAGGUGAUGGUGUUCGAAGUGCUCCAAUUCACUGCCAAACCGAGCAAGAUGUACCGGAGUCUCCAACUGCUGUAAAGGCCCUUGUCAUGUCGGAAGGAUCCAUUCUAGUUUCGUGGUUACCACCUUCACAACCAAAUGGAGUUAUCCUACAAUAUACCGUGUACAUCAAAAAUGGCGAUCAGGAACCCAAGAGCCACAAAGUACCAGCCUAUCAGAUGAGCUAUGAAGCUUCGGGUCUUGAGAAGAGCCUACAAUAUGACUUCUGGGUCACCGCAAGUACAACCAUUGGCGAAGGUCAACGAUCGAAAACACUCCAAGCCAAGCCUAGCGACAAAGUUCCGGCAAAGAUUGCUUCAUUCGAUGACAGCUUCACGGCGACAUUUAAAGAAGACGCUAAAUUGCCUUGCCUCGCCGUUGGAUCACCCACCCCAGACAUCACGUGGAAAAUCAAGGGACAGGAAUUUGUUGCCAACGAACGCAUACGACAACUACCCGAAGGCUCGCUCUAUAUCAAGGAUGUUAUCCGACAGGAUGCCGGAGACUACACGUGCACUGCCGAAAAUUCGAUCGCCAAAGACUCCAUUACCCACCGACUAAUUGUUCUUGCACCACCACAAUCUCCGCAAUUAACCCUCACUGCCACAACCACAGACUCGCUAGCUGUUAAGCUGAAGCCACACGAAUCGGACACUGCACCGUUGCAAGGCUACACCCUGCACUACAAACCGGAAUUUGGCGAGUGGGAAACCAUCGAUGUGGCACUGGAAGCCCCCAAAUAUACCAUCGAAAACCUAUACUGCGGAUCUCGGUACCAGGUCUAUGCUACCGCAUACAAUACGAUCGGAGCUGGAGAACCAUCGGAUAUUCUUAACACACGAACAAAGGGUUCAAAACCAUUGCUGCCGGAAAAGUCACGUUUCAUCGAAGUUUCAUCCAACUCGAUUACACUGCAUCUGCCAGCCUGGAAGGAUGGUGGUUGCCGGAUGUCGCACUUUGUCGUAGAACACAAGAAAAAGGAUCAAGUCGAUUGGAAUCAAAUUUCGAACAACGUUAAGCCGGGUGGUAACUUUGUUGUACUAGACCUGGAACCCGCAACUUGGUACAACCUAAGGGUAACUGCUCAUAAUAACGCUGGUUUCACUGUAGCCGAGUACGAAUUUGCCACUCUCACCAUUACCGGAGGCACGAUCGCCCCCAAUCUGAGCUCGAUUCAGCCAGGUGUUGCGUACCCGCCCUGGAUCCCCCACUGGAUCGAUCUGAACGUAAUGGUCCCACUGAUUGCGACUGUUAUCGUGGUGGCGGUCGGUGUGCUCGUGAUAUGCGUAGCGAUCUCACGCCGACGAGACGACGAUCCACGCUGCGGCCCGAAGGAUGUUUACUAUGACGUCGUGUAUAACCAAUCAAUGGGACCGGCCGGAGCGGCUACACUGGACAAACGUCGGCCAGACAUUCGCGACGAACUGGGCUACAUUGCUCCACCGAACCGAAAGUUACCUCCGGUGCCCGGAUCUAACUAUAAUACCUGUGAUCGUGUCAAGCGCGGAACCGUGAUAAGCCAUAAUCCUUCUAAAUCAAAUCACUCGACCUGGGACCCACGCCGACCUCUUUACGAGGAACUGAAGACAGUUGUGCCUCCGCCGCCUAGACGAUGCAACCAUCCACCAGCGUGUUACGGCAUGGAGGAUGAAAUCUGCCCGUACGCAACCUUCCACCUGCUGGGCUUCCGCGAAGAGAUGGAUCCAACCAAGGCAAUGAACUUCCAAACCUUCCCGCACCAGAACGGCAUGGGAGGCCCAGGGCACAUGGGAACGAUGGGUUCCAACAUGGCGAUGCAGGUGCCGAACCACGUGCACUCACGUUCCGGAUCACAGUCAAUGCCACGCCAGAACCGGUAUGCACGCAAGAACAGCCAAGGAGGACAGAGUAGCAUCUACACACCGGCGCCGGAGUAUGACGAUCCAGCUAACUGCGCGGAGGAGGAUCAAUAUAGACGCUACACUCGCAUCAACUCUCAGGGUGGAUCUAUGUACUGCGGACCUGGUCCCGAAUACGACGAUCCAGCUAACUGUGCUCCAGAAGAGGAUCAGUAUGGAUCGCAGUACGGUGGAAACUAUGGUACACCAUACGAUCACUACGGAUCACGAGGAUCUGUUGGACGACGCAGUGUGGGAUCUCCGGAACCCCCACCACCCCCGCCAAGAAACCACGAUACCAGCAAUUCGUCUUUCAACGAUUCUAAAGAAAGUAACGAAAUUUCGGAAGCCGAAUGUGAUCGAGACAAUGGCCCUCGGGGCAACUAUGGCGUUACGGCCAAAUCCACCGACGCCCUCAAUGCCGAGGAGACUGAAAAAUUACUGAAAAGAAACGAAGUCAAACCCAAGUACGCCAAACAAACAGCAGCCCCCGCCGGUACAGGACUCACAGCCUACGAUACUAUGGCAGUGUAAUCUGUAAAUGGUCAACCAAACGACCAGUGACGAGUAGCAGCCAACGGACGGCCGCCAACCAUCAGUAGGCCUCCGCUAGAAAGAUCAAUAGACAACCCCCAUGCUUCCAGCUCAUCACAAUCCAUUUCCCAGCUCCAAAAUCCUUUUACCGGUCCUGUCUGCUAGACUGAUCCGCCGAACUUAUACAAAAUAAAUGAUGACUCGCACCACAGUUACGGGACCAUCCGGCGGAACUCACUGUCACUGUGGCGCAAGCGGCAGAAAUCAAACUUUCGCUGAAUCAUCAAAACAUCAUCCUCAUCAGCAAUCAGAUCCGAGCAGAUUGUCGUCUAUUGUACAAUUAUUCUUACAGCAAACAAACUUGUAUCGAUCACAUAUGGUUUGAACCCAGUGUCUGUCUAUGUACGUACAUAUAAGUGUAAAGUCUUCACAAUGAGUGUAAUCUAGGUUUUAUUCAUUUAACUGUUUUAAUUAUUUGUGAUAGCAGCUAGGUUUACGAGCGAAACGAAAUCUGAAUCCGGAAUAUGAUUGCACCGGUAAUACCCAACUCACAUGUAUAUCGAACCAAGAGCAUGAUAAAGCCAACUAAUCCUGACCCUACUCAAAUUUUACCGAAACAAGAAAUAAACAUCACUAGAAUCACUAUCAAUUUACAACCUUAAGUAAGAAAUUCUACCUUUAACCGACAGCUAUAAUAUACAUACAUUUUAGAUUCCUUCGAUGAUACACAAGCACGAUAGCCCGAGCCGAGGAGCGGCCGGAUAGUUUGAAAGUAAAACAAAAAAAAAAUAAAAUAAAAUUUCAAAUCAAUCAAAUAUAGCAACCAAUCAUCUAGCGAUGAUAGUGUUACAUGAUGUAAUUUAGAACUGCCACCGCACAAGCAGAUCAGGCAGAGCAUAAAUGCAUUAUACAUACAUGCAUUAUACACACACACCACAACAAAUAUCGCCCCCUUGCGGCGGCAUAUGGUAUUAGGCAAGCUAGAAAGAGUGAGAUAGCCCGACGGCGACAAUGAGAGAGAAAACGAGAGAGCGAUAGAGAGAAGGAUGACCUAGUGUAAGAGUUUAUCAAUCAUAUAUAUGCAUGGUAACCACACACCCUGCCACCGCUACUGAAUAAAAACGUGAAUGUAAUUUCCUCGUCCCACUAGUCCUACUAGUAUCGAAUAAUGUGAGGCACCGCUAUGUGAACAAUUUAGCGUAACACGACGGUAACUUAUAUUUCACCGUCGCGUCGCGUCAGUCGAUUUGAUGAAAUGUAGUAGGACAAGGAUGGCGUUAUAUGAAAGCUGCGCGAGUUGGUUGUCUCAGGACGGAAAAGCUGUAGAGCACAGCGCUUAUUUUUGGGUUUGAAAAGCUGAUGGCCUGCUAUGUUAUGUGUGGUUUUAGACUCAUAAGUUUUUCUUUUGUGCUUAUAUUAUUUAACACACAGGGUAGAAACAAAAAUCUAAGCUUUAAUUUUUUUGCUUCCAUAUGCGAGCAUAUCUUUAGUGUUUUUAAAGUUUAAUUUAAUAGGUUUAGGUUCUAGGCUGCGCCUGCCCAUUCCGGUGGGGCUGCCCAGUCAAACGUUUACGCGGUAGAGUCGAUUAGGAUAACAACAACCAGAUGCUGUGAGAAAUGAAAAUACCAAAAAAUGUUAAACGAACAAGACAUGAGAUAGGGGAACGACGAUUGCUCAAUUUUUCUACCAAGUACGUGGAUGCCCUUCCAUACUGCAAGCAAAACAAAAAUGGGAGGGAGAUGAAUGUUUGUUAAGGUGCGUUUAGACUGGGCAAUUUUUUGGAAACAUGUGGAAUGCAACAUGUGGUGUGCAGCAUGUUGUUAGUUGUUACUCAAUGUUGCUCUGUCGCCACCUGAACAUUUGUUAUACGUUGCCAUGCUGCUUGGAAACAUCGGGCAACAGUUUGGAAAAAGUUGCCUGCCACAUGUUGCCAAUCUAAACGCACCUUUAGAGCUAACAAGAAAAAAAAACGAAAAACGAGCACCCAAAUGUAGCGUUAGAGAGCUUUCCGGUAGAAAAAAAGAUUCGUAGUACAUAGCGCCCUUGUUCGAUGUUAGAACUAAUUUAUGCUUAUGUAACCGUUUUUAAUUUUGGAAGUGACCAACAGGUAGAUCAAAAACGAAAAUACAGGAUUGACCAAAAAUGAUCCAGAAUUAAAGCAAGAAUUUUUCUUAUAAAAGAGCUUAUGAAUUUUAGAUUUCGAAUACAGAUUGAAUUGCAGCAAAAUUUCCGAUUUACUUUUACUUACAUUUUUGGCAACUGGACAAUGAUAUUAAAAUUACCUGUGAUGAGGUUUCCCAGCAGGUCACUAUCACUUUUUAUGUCAACUCUGUACUAUUAGAUAUUAACGAUCCACUUUGCGGAUAAUCUUGUCCUCCAUAUUUCCUUUACACCAGUGAAUAAAUUUAAAUUUGCGUAAAAACUCUGUCCACAAAUAAAAAAUGGUUACCCACUUUUCCCACAUGUAAAACUUUCUCAAAAAGCUUGGUUAAUUUUCUAUACCAACGCACAGGUUGCUACGUUCACCUUCAAUUUCGUUAUGAACAUUACAAAGUCUCAUUUAGGAUCCAACCAGAUUAACCGUCAAUGAAACGGUACGUCAUUGAAUUGUGUGAAUUGUAAAAGCCGUUUCAACUUCAAAUUUCUCGAUUUUAGUCAUAAUAGCACACUAACCAUUUCUACAUUUAUGGACAGAACUUUCGCUCUUCGGAUGCCUUCCCUUCCAUACUCUGACGGUUGUGAAUUAGGUCCAACCCUUUAAAACUGCCUUCGAUAUCGGUUCGAUUCCUCGAGAUGACGCGUCCUUCGAAAGAGAUUAGCUUAUAUGUAUUAUUAUCCGAACUACACCGUAGCAACUGUACUAGCAGUAGAGAAAGUAAAAUCGCACUCGCAACGUCUGUCCUGAGAUAACCACUAAUCGAUACAACAAUAGCGUGACAAAACGGGCAAAUUAAGAGCAAAUGAAGAAGCAUUUAUAUAAAUAAUAUUAUCCUUUUUGCUAGGUAUGUUUAUAUAUAACUAAUAACGACUACAAGUUACUGUAAACGAUUAAAAUACUUCCUACUCAAGUAACCCUUAACACGCAUACACGCAAGAUGAAAGGAAAAAAAACUCUUGGACUCAGUUAUUACGAAAUAUACUAACACAAAAAUUAAUAAAUCACUUUUGUAAUUUAUUGAAUAAUAGACAAGUAAGAGUAUAGGAACAAAUUUUUAUACUGUGUGAUGAAAUUUUUCGGUACACUUAAGUUUUCCAUUCUUCCGCUUCUUUGUAAAAAUUAUACUUCUGUACUUUGUAAUGUCUGUUUUUUGAAGUUCGAAGAUCUGAUGAAAAAAAAACAAAGUGAUUGAACAAAUUUAUUUGGUAAACAAAAAAAAGUAAACUAAAGACUAUCGUGAUGAACAAAAUUAUUGCUGAGAAUAAACUCUACCAAGCAUAUAACUGUAUCGCAUUUGGUACUAAACUUAGUAUACCCACAGCAGACAUGACAUACCGCAGAUUCAAAAGAAACAAAAUUAAGCAAACAAACCUAUAGUAAAGUUACUGGAUAAACAAAUACCGAUGUUGAUUGAACUAAAACAAAAUUAUAGAACUUAGCAAGUUGAAAGAAAAAAAUUGUACUGUUUGGACAAAAGAAACAAAAAAAAACUAACGAAACAAGUAAAACCACAGAAAUCAAAUAUUGAAAGUUGUUUGGAACAAAACUCAUGUAGCAAAUCGAACCACGAGCAGUUAUACAUUUACAGACAUUCCUAGUCCUCCUACCCGCCACUUUUCCGAACCGUUUCGUAUUCUUCUGCAGAAUGAUGCAUAUAUUCUCUAGUCAAAAUUUCAGCUUGAACGACUAACAUACCGGACGUUUUAGGUCCUGUACCCGAGUGCCAUAACCAUUAAACUGUCAGUUGUAUCGUGCAUUUUACCUAUUCAAUGCCAUUUUGUUUUACCUAUCCAUUAAACAACGAUUCUUCUCUUGAAUAACACAUAUAGAAAAAAAACGCUGCUCGAUACAAACAAAACAAAUUAAUCAAAACACAUGCAAUUGUGUACAAAGUCAUUACGUAGUUGUUGCGUUGCCUCUCCCUUGCUUAGAAAUUGAUGAGUCAAUAUAUUUCUAAAACGAUCCAUCACAAAACGAUACGAACAGCGCGCAGAAAUGGAUGAUGAUAGUUGGUUUAGUGUGGCUCAAACAAUAUUAUCUACUUUCAAACUUACAACAGGUCGUUCGAAUAAUAAUUUACCGCAGAGCCACAUUAUUAAGUAGCAUUUUACCACACAGACAGCUUAGUUGCUAGCAUUAUUAACAUUCUAACGACAUAGCCGCUUCAGCUGUUGAUGAAAAUUGUCACGAAAGUUUUCAGCAAUGGGCGAGUUAGCGGAUAACACACAAACGAUGAUUUUUAAACGUAAAAUAAACUUUUCCAUGCUGCGAUACGGUAUGAAUUAAAAAAAAAACGAUGAUAUAUGAGACAGCGCAAACCAACAAAUAAUAACCCAUCAAAUUGAAUGUAGUUGUAUCAGCUCGCUUUACUAUGGAAUCAGAAGUAACAAACCGAAGGAAAAAAACUCUUAAAAAUCGCAACUGGCAAUUAACAUUUAAAAAAAAGUCAAGCAUGAUUAUUAUCAUUAAAAUCAGCUAAAAAAUAUUGAUAGCAAACAAAACAGCAAACAACAUCUAAUUUGUGAAAUCGUAAUGAAGAAAGUAACGUACACACAGACACAAGUGAAACAACUGAAUCAUUAUAAAAUAAAUUCGAAA